AACUCCCCUCCUGCCGCCGCCGCCGCCGCCGCCAGCACAACUCCGCAGCUCGUCUCCUUCCUGGGACGGAUCGAGGACCAGCCGGCGAGCAUGGCGGAGGCGGUAGCAGCAGAAGCGGAGACUCUCCUCCCAGGCCUUCCCGAUGCGGUCGUCGUCUGGGAGAUCCUUGUCCGCCUUCCCCCCAAGUACCUCCUCCGCUGCCGCGCCGUCCGCCGCGCCUGGCGCGCCGUCACCUCCGCCCGCGACUUCCUCCUGGCCCACCACGGCCGCCAGCCCAUCCUCCCCAUCUUCUCCGGCGACGACGAGCGGAUCCUCGGCGUCCGCUACCACACCAUCCUCGCCUUCGACCACCGGGCCGCCACCGAGGACGACCAGCUCCACGCCGUCGCCCGGCUCCACGUGGCCUUCCAAUCGGUGGCCGCCUGCGACGGCCUGCUCGUUCUUUCCAAACUGGGCUCUGCCGGCUCCUGCCUCUCCAUCUGCAACCCAGCCACGCGUGAGCAUGCUCUACUCGGCCUACCGUCGGACUUCCGUGUCAUGGGGAUGUACCUGCACCGCCCUACUGCCGAGUACCGUCUGUUGCUGCUGCGGAAGAGGUGCCAGGCAGGCGAUCUCGUACAUAAACUUGGCUGCUAUGUCUUCUCGUUGGGCUCCGGCCAGCCGCCGAGGUACAUCGGGGGGCCGGAGAUGGUGUCUGGGAACUUCAGCGCACCUGUCCGGGUGCGUGAUCGCCUGCAUUGGUACCCGGUAUAUUUUCUGACCAGAAGAAACAAAUUGUCGCUGUAUGAAAGCCAGCUGCUAGUAUUUGACACCAUAGCCGAGUCAUUCCUGCAGAUGCAUGAGCUAAUGGUUAACGGCUGCUCAUACAUCUUUGACAUGGAUGGCACGCUCGGCAUCUACACCCGUAACCUUUCCACUAAAGCUGUUGAGAUACGGGUGUUGCAGAGCUAUGAAACCGAGGUUUGGGACUUUAAGUACCAGAUCAAAUUGCCAGUUGCCAAAAUCAGGAGGGUGUUUCAAGACUGUGGCGACUAUGGGAACUGGGAUUUGGACGUUCUUUCGGUGGAUGGUGGCGUGCUCUUGCUGGUCAAGCUUCCGCAGGUGCUGCUUCACGUUGAUAGUAAUGGCAAAAUGGUUAACAGCAUCUACAAGGGCCAACGAUGCCUCUCUAUGACUGGUCGUCACCUCAAGCAAAGUCUUGUUCAGCAUACCUUCUUUCCAGCGCUAGAAGGUUAUGCUGUGAACGCUUCACCUUUCAUCGGACCUGUUGUGGAGUGAGUGGUGAGCUGCAAUAUAUAUUGCCCGCAUGAAUUAUGAACCUGCUGUCUUCUUCAUCCUUUUCUGUUGGUCUAUAUAAAGUUAUGAUCACAAACUCUGAAUAUGAUGUAGUAGUUCUGGUAUGAUCAGAGGCUCCGAAUGUUAUGUGGUUGCAUGAAAUCUAUGGUUCUGUCGUUACCUUUUGGGCUGAAGUUACUGGUGUCUAUGUUGGUGCUAAAACCAAAUUAGUCAUUUUGCCUUGGUUUUGAAACAUUUGCCUACUAAUCAGUGUCAUGUCUCUAUUAUCUAGUGGUUUUCUUAGUACUCAAUUGUUAUUCAUUUUA